AUGGUAUUUUUAACCAUUCAUAUCCCUCGCGCUCUGAAGACCUCAACGAUAACAGUGCAAUACGGAAAUGCAACAACUUUACAUAUCGCUCACUCAAUGUCUGGCCAGUUGACUGCGCCCUAUCCUCCUAGCAUUCAUGAUGACAUCUCUUUUCAGGGUCCACCAUCGCUUCGCCAGGGCCAGCAGAAGCCGCUGGGAUCCUUAAAUGACCACUCCCUCAACGGCAUAGAUGGCGAGUAUAUAGAAGUGAUAAGAUCCAGGCCAAUACCGGACGGUUCAAGGAGAUACUUGCAGAUGAACCCUGUACCGAAUUUCUCUUCCAAUUUCAAUGCUACAAAGACAGCCGGCCGCAAGACUCCGUCUAACUCGUCUCAUCUACCAGAUCCGAGGGACCCUACAUCUGUAUGGAUGGACGUUAUGCUAAGAUCUUCCCUGCAACGCAUAAAGGGCCCGGUCGAAGGAACCGGAUCGUCUGCCCUUGUGCGACACAAACAAACUAUAAUAGCGGUUUGCAUACUAGCGGUGACGUGGCAAUUGGCUAUCCUCAUGGAUUACCUGGCGCAGUUGGUAAGAUACUACUGCCAAACGUAG